AUGGAGCUCGAUCCGCGACUCGAAGCAAGCGACCUCGUUCCCGUUGCCGCCGUGCCCGAAUCAUCCUCGAUCGCUGGACGCACCACGGGCUUUGCAGACGCCGACACGCCGUCCACUAAUCUUGGCGCACCCAGAGACCAGGACCUGCAGAGAGGCGACGACGACCACCACAGCGGCGACGACCAGGACGGAGGCGCCGACCCGAAACGCUCGAGAGCAUGCGAGGCCUGUCGUGGGCUGAAGGUGCGGUGCGAUCCGGAUCCGGACGGCGGGCCAUGCAAGCGCUGCAAGAAGGCGUCGCGAAAGUGCGUGGUCACGCAGCCGACGCGCAAGAGGCAGAAGAAGACGGACAGCCGCGUCUCCGAGCUGGAGAGGAAGAUUGAUGCCUUGACGGCGAGCCUGCAGGCCCGCGCCGGCGGCAUCCCCGUCCUUCCUGCGCUGGGUGUCUCCUCAUCACCACAUGUGCUUGGGACGAGCAGCGUUAGCCCAGGCGGCGGGCCGAACGAGCACACGACGCCAGGGAGCCAUGGGAGCUCAUACUACAGGGCUCCUUCGACGGAGGGGGUUGUUAGCGGGGGCAUGGGAAGUCACGAGAGGUCCUGGGGAAGCGAGACGGCGACCGUGAGACACGGGAGUCUGGACAGAUCAAAUGGCCCAUCCGUGACACCGCCGUCAGCGGUGGCGGCCCCUCCACAAGCACGAGUCGAUCCGACACCCCCGGCAUUCCAGCCGCCCAUGGUCAUAGCCGGCCAGAAGCGAAAGCUGCCCGCAAGAUGGAGCGCGAACGCGGACGACGAGCACAGGCAAUCUCCUGUGACUGCCGCCAGUAGUGCGUUCACGCCGGUGCCGGAUAGUGACGUUGUCGACCGCGGCAUCCUCACGAUGGCGAAAGCGACCGAGCUGUUUGCGCGAUAUCGCGAUCGCAUGGCGCCGAACCUCCCUGCUGUCGUACACCCUCCAAACAUGACUGUGUCUGAUCUUCGGAAGAACAAGCCUGUCCUUUUCCUCUCCACCAUGGCGGCUGCUGCGUCCGAGGACAACGAUUUGCAAAAGGUCCUGUCGAGGGAGGUCAUGUUGGUGUUUGCGGACAAGGUGUUUCUGAGCGGCGACAAGAGCAUUGAAAUUGUCCAAGCUCUACUUGUGGCCGUCAUUUGGUACUGGCCACCAGAGCACUUUGAAGAGCUUAAGUUCUAUCAGCUGGUCCACAGCGCGGCCGUCAUGGCCAUCGACAUCGGCCUGGGUAAGAGCUUCGGCAACAAGCAGCCUGGUACGGGCCUCUACAACUGGCAGAGCCAUCCCAUGCGGCGCCAAGCUCUACCUGACCCAACGACUGUUGAAUCCAGGCGGACGUGGCUCGCAUGUUUCUUCAUGUGCUCCAAUACGUCCAUCUCGCUGCGUCGCCCCAAUCUUAUCCGCUGGACACCCUUCAUGGCCGAGUCGCUUGAAGUACUGGAGUCAUCCCCUGACGCCGCUCCGUCGGAUAAGUAUUUCUGUCAACUUGUGUGGACGCACAAGCUGGGUGAGGAGGUGAGCAAUCAGUUCGCCUUGGAGGACGCGACUGCGCGGGUGAACAUCAACGAGGCGAGAACGCAGCACACCCUGCGGGCUCUCGAGAGGGAGCUGGAAAACAAGCGAAAUUCAGUCCCCGAGGAUAUCAUGAGGCCUGCACUAACCCUUGGAUUUGAGAUGAUCAACCUUUACAUGCACGAGAUUGUGCUUCAUAGUAAAACGGCCGUCGACCAGAUACGACCACCCUUCAACACUGAUGCAUUCAAGGAAGGUGUUAUCGGGCCCGAGCCUCUCUCCGCCGCCCACAUCAAUGCUAUUUCUUCAUGUCUUAGCGCAAUCAACGGCAUCUUCACUACGUUUCUUUCACUGGACGUGGCGAGCGUCCGUUGCCUCCCCGUCUAUAAUUUCGUUCGCGUUGCCUACGCCCUCGUUAUUCUUCUCAAGAUGUACUUCACCUCAUCUAAUCCAACCUCGGACCUCGGGAAGGUGGUCAACAAAGAGAAUCUUCGGGUUGGCUACUAUAUGGAUCUUCUCAUCGAUAAGUUCCGUGCCACCGCCGCUGACGAUCGAAGUCGACCCGCCUCCAAGUUCCUCGUAGUGCUCGCUAUGUUGAAGAGUUGGUUCAUCAAACAGGGCAAGCUCGAGGCAAAGAACAACCCUCAGGGCGGUGACGGUGCUGGUCCUACCAAGUCGCCCAUAACUAGUGGCUGGGCAGAAGGCGAUGGCUCAUCUGGCAACAAACAGCUGUUACCCUUCCAUAGACAGAACCCGCAGCAGCAGCAGCAAGAACCACCUCGAGUGAACACGCCCCUCCAGCUCCUCUCCGAAGUGGCCACGGGUACUGGAGCCAACAAACCCAGCGGAUCGGCGCGUUUUCUCCUCGGUAGCUUCCGCAAUCAACCUCAGCCAUUCUUCUACGAGGGCAGCAAUAACAAUAACAAUGCAAACACGCCUUCCUCCUCAGCCUCUGAGAGCUCACCCGCCAUCAAUCCCACGACAGGCCCCCAGCAAACGUCUCAACCUCAACAGCAACCGCCAUUCUUCGCUGCCUCGUCUGAACCUUCCUGGAUGUCGAACCUCCCGGCGAACAUCGAUAUGGGUCUCGCUGAUGGCACGGGGCUGGACUUUACUAAUCUGGGAUUGACCCCCGAGUUCCAGCUGUCGUCCGAGGAUCUUCAAGAGCCCUGGAUUAGCGACCUUUUCCAAGGGUUUCAGGAUGCGGGAGGAGGUAUGUUUCCCUUUUGA